CCCCCGUUUUUUUUUUUUUUAUCCCUGCUCCGAGAGCACCAUCGGCUCGGUUAGCCAGUGUGUGUAUGUUGGGGCCUGAUCAGCCGACAUGCCGAAGAUAUUCCUGAUCAAAAAUCGGCUGCACCUGCAGCAGCAGCGCCUCCAGGAGUCGCAGCACCACGGCGGCAAGAGCCCCCCGUUCAAGGAGAGCCCGCUCGGUGCCGCCGAGCCGCUCAGCCUCAUCGUCAACAAGCAACAACAGCUUCAUGGUCGAGACAAGCAGUCGGACGAUGAGCGGGUCAAAAGCCCCGAGUCGUCCAUCUCCCGAGCCGGGGGUUCGCCGGCCGGUGGCCCGCCCCUGGCAUCCGUCGUCCCGGCGUCGCUGUCAGCCACCGCGAGCCGAUCCAGCUCGAGUUCACCGUCCCCGAGUUUACCAACGACGACGCCGGCGCGGCGCUUCAUCUCGAGCAUCCUCGGGGGCGACGUGCCCUACGGCAGCCGGAACCACGUGCUCAGCCGGGCCGCGACGAGGCCCGACGGCCAGCAAAAACUCGGGGUGGCGGUCAAGUCCGAGCGGGUCGAGCUGCCGAGGCCGGUGACGCCGCCCCGCACCCCGAGACCUGAGCCCCCGACCCGGGUCUCGGUCAUACAGAGGGUGCCCCCCAAGGCCCAGAGCCUCAGGCGCGACGAGACCAAGAUCGAGCUGCCACGCGCCCAAGAGCCGGAACAGGACCAGCCGAUCGACUACGCGGUGCCGAAGCGCAACAAGAACAAGGAUUCCGAGGAGAGUGGCAAGGAGCGCGGUCGGGAGGGGGCCAAGGCGACGCGGGCGCCCGUGGCCGGGAACUCGAUAGCUCGGCCCCUGCUGGCCAUGAGGUUGAGCGCCACCGGGCCCCAAGUGCACUCGGCGGCCAGCGGCCACGGCAGAUCCAGCAACGCGAGCGGAGGCGGUGGAACCCACCACCAAUCGGGUGGCUCCUCUGGCUCGGGUGGCUCCGGCUCCUCCGGCUCGGGUGGUGGCUCGUCCGGCUUCGCCUCGGGCGGUGGUGGCGCUGGUGGCGGUGGAGUCUCGGGUGGCAGCGGGGGCGGUAUGAACCCCGGUGGCAACGGGGGCAGGGGCAAUUACGGGCCGAGCUCACCGCCCACGGGCUCGCUGCCCCCGUUCUACGAGAGCCUCAAGGGUGGCAACAACCUCGCCAACUUUGCCAACCAGUACAACGGCAACGGGUACUUGACGGCGUCGCCGGCGAUGGGGAUGGAGUGCGAUACCGGUCAGGACGGCUCUUUGAACCCGCAGCAGCACCCGUACGCGGCGCAGGAGGCCAAACAGUACUCGCUCCUGCAGAACGUGUGCGCGUCGUACGGCAUCGGGGUGAAGGAGGAGGAGGACCUCACGGUCUACAAGAUACCCUCGAACGACCUCCUCGGCAGCCAGUACGGGGCUUACGACGUGGCCGACUCCAACAUGAUGCUCGACGUCUCGGGGGCGGUUGGGGAUCCGCUUCAGUUCUCGGCGACCCUGACCUUCAGCUCGGACCACACGGCCCUCCUCGAGAGCCUAAGCGACGCCGCGGACCUGUUCAGACUGCCGGUGGAGGAGACGGCCGGUGAGCUGCUGGACGAGGCCCUUCACUCGCCCGGGUCGGCCGGGAGCAACGGCAUGACGGCCCAGGACGGCUCGCUGGGCACGCCCGUCGAGCCGAGCGUCGAUCCCUUCCCCGAGCACAGUAUCGGCCUCGCGCGUGCCUUCGACCACCCCAGACAUUACGGGGUGCCGCAGCAUCACUUUGGCUCGUCGAAGCUCUCGGGGCUCUACUCGAACGGGGCCACGGGGGACUCGGGCUACCAGAGCUUAUCCAAAGAACGCUCCGAGCUGGCCCUCCACGGCGAGCCCCAGCAGCUCCAGCAGCUGCAGAUCCAGGUCCAGCUGCAGCAGCAACAGCAGGCCAUGUCGCCGCACCAGCAUCACCACCAUCAAGGUUUGCUGAGUCCUGGUCUCAGCUUUACUGGCAGUGGAUUGGAACUAGAUUCGGGUAGCAGUGCGGGUGGUAGCUUGCCGAGUCCCGGAGCGGGUAGCUGUUCGUUGGACGCUACCUCGACCAGCGCGUCGCCGGCUUGCGGGCUGAUGGACCACGCGCCGAGCCCGUCCGGGGUACCGUCGAGCACCUCCUCGGCCACCGGCGAGCCUCCGCUCACGCAAAGGUUGGGACUUCCUGGCGACGUGCAGCUGGAAUUCGUCAACGGAGGCCACGGUAUCAAGAAUCCAUUGGCAGUCGAAGGCCAGCGGCAAACGACGGGCACGCGUGACGAGGAGCGCGCCGCGAGACCGCCAACCGGCAAGGAGGACGAUCCGAACAGGUUCGCCUGCCGGGUCUGCAACAAAAACUUUAGCCUGCAGCGAUUGCUGAACCGACACAUGAAGUGCCACAGCGACGUCAAGCGUUACCUGUGCACCUUCUGCGGCAAGGGCUUCAACGACACCUUCGACCUCAAGAGGCACACCCGGACGCACACCGGGGUACGGCCCUACAAGUGCAACCUCUGCGAGAAGAGCUUCACCCAGAGGUGCUCCCUCGAGAGCCACUGUCUCAAGGUCCACGGGGUCCAGCACCAGUACGCCUACAAGGAGCGUCGCACAAAGGUGUACGUUUGCGAGGAGUGCGGCCACACGACGCAGGAGCCGGAAGUUCAUUACCUCCACCUGAAGGACAAGCACCCCUACAGCCCGGCCCUCCUCAAGUUCUACGACAAGCGGCACUUUAAGUUCACGAACAGCAACUUUGCCAACAUGCUGCUGCAGGUGCGCACGUAGACAAAAAAAACAAAAAAACGAACACAAAGAAGAAAAACACGAGCCGACCUUGCGUUGUAUAAAUUGAAAAGCGAACUAUCAUUAUCAUUAUCAUUUUACUAUUAGUUACAAAUAUUAUUUUAUCACUGUCAUUAUAAUUAUAAUUAUUAUUAAUCUUAUAAUAACAAGUAAUUUAAUCAACACUGUACGAAAAUUGUUAUGGACGCGCGAAAUCCGUUGCUCGAAACAGCUCUGUUCAUCGUUGCUCUGCCUUCGCUUCGUUCUUCCGGUUGAGAUGGUCUUGAAAAUAGGGUGACUCCAACGAGCGAACGAAAAAAAAAAAAAAAAAAAAAA